UCGAAAUCCACCAUACAAGGCUACACGAAUGAAAAUAACUUGCAUCCACUAGUAGUUUUCACGAUGUUCCAAACGCAUAAACAAAGAUGCAUUUUGAUACUAACAAGAUGGGAUGAUCCAACGGCUCAGCAGUUGUACUUGAUUGCAAGACGGGCGAUUGAGGGAAUAGAAAAAGAACAGGAUGAAAGGAUUGUUGUUUUGCAAACGAUCUGUGGAGUUAACGAAACAUAGUAUAAGAAGAUCCAAGAUUGCUUGAAAGAUGAGCCUCCAAAUAUAUCCAAGGCCUUGUGGUACACCAAGGAUGG